AUGGAAGCAGCUGUUGUAGGAGCUGUAUUAGGAAGUAUCAUACCAUAUUUGCUGCAGCUGAUCAAAGAAAAUCGGGAGUUGAUCAGCAGCAAUUACAAGAAAAUCGAUGAUCUGUCCAAAAACCUCCAUCUCUUGAAUAAGUUCAUGGUUAAGUACACUGAAGAUCACUACAAAGACGACAUCCUGAUGGGACUGGCGGAGGAGAUCAGGAUGCGGGUGUACGAAGUUGAAGAUGUUCUUGAAACCUACAUCGUCGAAGAGUCACUGUACAAGAAAAAGAAUUUCGUCCGUAAAGCGGUUGGCAGCCUAAAACACCUAAGUGAUCUUAAGAGCAUCGGGAAAACCAUCCAAGAGCUCAGUAAAAGGGUCGAGCAAACGCGGAGUGAUAACAGGGGCUACGUCCCUGUCUUGGUGGAAGGGGUCAAAAGAAAUAAUGCGAUUUCUAAAGACAAUCAGCUUGAAGGCUAUCCAGAGGCAGACAGAAUCAUUGGCUUUGAGGAUGCAGCUGAUGACGUAUUGAAACUUCUUGCUGUCAAAUCUGAGGCGGAGGAGCAGAGCACAUCCGAGGCAGCACAACAAAGUGAGUCGAAGCUAAAAGUAGUGUCAAUUCAUGGCAUGCUUGGCCUAGGAAAGACGACACUUGCAAAUAAGAUCUUGACUGACCAAAACACUGAAUAUGAAUUUCUUACUCGUAUAUUGGUUAGUGUUACCAAAAAAUACGAGAAGAAAGAAGUGCUUCUUAGUAUCCUAAGGUCAUUGAAGAUCAGUAUUUCGGAUCAGAACAUGUCAGAGGCAGACUUAGUUAACAAGGUCCGAGAUGGAUUAAAGUACAGGUAUUUGGUUGUGGUGGAUGAUGUUUGGGAGGGAGAACAUUGGGACAAUCUGAAGGGUGCUUUCCCAGACAACAACAAUGGUAGUCGGGUGAUAAUAACUACUCGAGAAGUGCGUGUUGCCAAAUAUGUUUCACCAAAGUGUGAACCCUACCAAUUGCGAUUUAUGAAGCCAGAAGAGGCUGAAGAAUUACUAAGGAUGAAGGUUUUUGAAGAAAAUAAAUGUCCAGAGGAACUGAAACCCAUUGAAAGGUUGAUUCUGGAAAAGUGUGAUGGGCUACCACUAGCAAUAGUGGUGACAGGAGGUAUCCUUAAAGCCAAUCCAAAAGAUGCAAAUUGGUGGAAGGAUGUACUUGAUGAAGUUCCUCCAUUAGUUGAUAAAAAAAGAGUGGAACGGAUUGAUCGUUACAUAAGACUAAGCUAUGAUAAAUUGCAUCACGAGGUCAAACCGUGUUUUCUCUACCUUGGUGUCUUCCCUGAGAAUUUGGAGAUCCAAGUCUGGAAAGUGUUACAAUUGUGGAUCGCUGAAGGGUUUAUUCCCCAACACGAGACAGCAAGUCUGGAGAGAAUGGCAGAGCAAUAUUUCGGGGAGUUGGUUGAUAGGAAUUUAUUGAUUGUGGGAAAGAGAACUUUAAGUGGUAAGAUAAAGACUUGUCGCAUCCAUGACACGCUGCGUGACUUCUGCAAGAAGACGGCCAAAGUAGAAGAUCUUUUCCAAGCAAUUCACAAGAAUACCAAUCCAUCUUCCAGCCGUCGACUUUGUUGCAUUAACGCUCAAUUUUCAGAGUAUAUUCUUGGAGGACAACCUGCUGAUAAACUCAAGUAUAUUUAA